CGGCGAGCCGGACGGGGCAGCGUCUGUAUCCGCCUUCGCCUUGUUGAAGUCUGUCAAACAUGAGUUUCCACUACGGCCAGGGCUAUCCAGGAGGAGGCCAGCGACCACCAAGUGCUCCAUACGGGGGAGGCAGUGGUCCUUACGGGCCUACCCCCUCAGCUCCAUACGCAGGUGCACAACAUCAACAAGGGAGUCCUUAUGGUGCUUAUGGAGCUCCAGGUCAAGGAGGGCACUACGGGCAUGGACAAGGGAGUGCACCCGCCGGGCAUUAUGCGGGCUACGGGGGACAGCCUCAUGGUGGACAGCCUCAUGGUGGACAGCCUCAUGGCGGACAUUAUGGACACCAUGCUCCUGCAGGUAACCUCCCUCCUGGUGUUAACCAAGAGGCCUACCAGUGGUUCCACACUGUUGACACGGACCGCAGUGGCUUUAUCAACCUAAAGGAGCUGAAGCAGGCACUUGUCAACUCCAACUGGUCUGCUUUUAAUGACGAGACCUGCCUCAUGAUGAUCAACAUGUUUGACAAGACGCGGUCCGGUCGAAUGGACAUCUUUGGCUUCUCAGCACUGUGGGACUUCAUGCAGCGGUGGAGAGCGCUCUUUCAGCAGUACGACAGGGACCGCUCAGGAUGCAUCAGUGGGGCGGAGUUACACCAAGCCCUCGCUCAGAUGGGCUACAACCUGAGUCCACAGUUCUCCGAGACGUUGGUGCGACGCUUCACCGCGCCAGGCGGACGACCCGGCAUCCAGCUGGACCGCUUCAUCCAGGUGUGCACCCAGCUCCAGACCAUGACGCAGGUCUUCAGGGAGAAAGACACGACCAUGACGGGCAACAUCCGCCUUAACUACGAGGAUUUCCUCUCCGGGGCCGUCACCAGGCUCAUGUGAGCCUCGCUCCAGCGGCAAUCCCUCUGCACUGUGGAGUCACCCUAUCAUUCCAUGUUCAGGUCAUAUUUUGCUCGGUUUUUUUCAAAGCUCUGCCAUAAGUGCCUCCAUCUGUAUGUGUACAGUAUAUCAGCCAGAACACAUCAUUGCGUGGCUUGUUGCUGUAAGGACGUAAAGCCUUACAUCAUGCAUUUGAACAAUGUUCAUUGGCUGUUUAAAAAAAAAAAAGGUAGCUAAAGCCUUUACUGGAUGGCUUCACUUUCACCAGGCGCAAGUGUGAAAGUGAUUGUUUCAAAGGUGACUGAUGCCAUAGAGCAUCAGUUAUAUUUUAUAUUUUUUACCAUAAUCUGAAAAAAGCAGCCUUGUUUACACAUUGUUUGACAGCAGCGUUCCUGAAAAUAAUGAAAAUAAUUAUGCUGAACAGCAAAUUCAUACCCGAUGAAUUUGCUCUAUAUAUGCGGCCAUAAACAUGUUCCUGUGCCAUUAAAACAAUAUCAGGAAUAUUCAGCAUCUCCAGAGGGAGUUUCCAUGCAAUGGUUGCACAUUGUAUUGAACAUUGCUUUAUAUUGUUUUAUGUAUAAUUAGCCAAACUAGUGCCACUUUUUCUAAUAUUUGAAUUAUUCUACUCUUACAUUUCGUGGGGUGUUUGAUUUUAUUAUAGUUUUCUGCUACAUUGCACUCCUGUAAACCAGUAUCAACCAUAAACGGAAACAAUUAUCCGUGGUGGAGAAAAAGACCAUUAAAGCAUUAAAAAUGGUUCCUUAUUAUGUUUUCCGCUUUCCCAUUAAUGAAAUGGAUCUUCAGUGAUUAUGGGGCCAGUACUUUAAUAGAUAAAACACUCCACUGAGGUGGUCUGAAAUCAGUUACCGUCAUGGUUCUUAAUGCCAAAAACAAAUAAAUGCUUUUCUAUCACGUUUGGAUGUAUUCAUGUUCUUCACACAAAUGAAAAAGCUUGGCUGAAGUUUUGUUCUGAUCUAAUAACAGAGAAAACAGGGUACUUAAAUGGAAGUAAAUCACUUCAGAAUUGAUAUUUCAUCCAGCAUAAGUACAAUUGUAAACAGAAGUCACAGCAAGUUGAAAUCCAGACCUCACUCAUGACCUUUGCCCUCAAAAUGUCCCAAAUGUGAUACUCAUUUCUCCUUUGUAGGGCAGAAUGGCCGCACAAAAGAGCAAAAAAAUAAACACAUCUG